AUGGAAGAAGCUGUUGUUGCUGCUAUUGAUGAUAGCAUUCCAUUUGAGGUCGAGACAGAUGCAUCCGAUGUAGCGUUAGCAGCCACUCUUAAGCAGAACGGAAGACCUGUUGCUUUCUUCUCGCGAACCCUGCAGAGCAGUGAGAUCAAAUAUGCAUCAGUAGAAAAGGAAGCACAAGCUAUUAUUGAAGCU